GUGAAAUAAGCUAAUUCCCUGUUUUCACAUUUAAAUUUUUUUAUCCCCAUCUAAUUAUUUUUUGCAAUUUUUAAUCGUCCUAAACCUACAGUUUGCAUUAUUAUUUAUUACACAGUAUCCACAGUUUACAUUUUUACAGAUACAGGUUAUCUAUACAUUCAAGUGCUUGUUAAACCCCUAUUGCAACCUUAAUUUUGACCUUGGUCACUUAUUUACUCUCUCGGUAAGCUUCAACACCAAGUCAUGAGGUUUAACAUGGUCCUCAGUGCUGCAAUAGCAGUUAUGAGUACGGCCACAACCGUUGUAGCACAAGGUUAUAUCAUUGGCUACUAUCCAUCAUGGCAAGCCACAAACAUUGUCGGAUUGGACUUUUCCAAGUAUACACACAUUAAUAUGGCAUUCGGCAUUCCCAACGAUGAUGGUUCCAUUGCCUACGAUGGCAUAGCAACACUCGAAAGUGAUGUUGCUGCCAUCCAAGCCAAGAACACCAAGGCUCUUUUAUCUGUCGGCGGCUGGUCAGGCUCCUCCAAGAUAUCUACUAUUCUCAAGGACAAUACUAUACGCUCUACUUUUCUAAACGCCAUGGUAGACUUUAUUAAGACAUAUAAUCUUGACGGCAUCGAUAUUGACUGGGAGUAUCCAGGCCGCCUGGGCAAUGCGUGUAAUGCUUUUGACGAGGUGAACGACACUCCGAACUUUCUUACCUUCCUGCAAGAUCUGCGUGCCGAGCUUGAUUCUCAGUUUGGCGACCGCACCAAGCUAAUCACCAUGGCUGUCUAUGUGGAACCAUUCCACAUCAAUGGCGUACCGUCCGAUGUUACCGAGUUUGCCAAGGUUGUAGACUUUGCCAAUCUCAUGCAGUACGACAUCAACGGCGCUUGGAACCCAGAGACUGGUCCCAAUGGACCUUUUGACUUUGAGCAAGGCAAAGGCACACCCUUUUCGUUUGUCUCCGCCAUUGACGCAUGGACAGGUAAUGGUUGGCCUGCAAAUCAGCUGACUGGUGGUGUUGCAUUCUACGGAAGAUCGACAACAGCUACAGUCGACAUGACCCUGGACCCAGAGAACCAAUACCAGGCGCAGUCCAAAGUGGUGCCAUUGGGUGAUUCUGAUGACGCUGAAUGGUUGGAUGUUUGUGCCGGGGCUACUUCAGUCAGUGGCAAUUGGAAGUGGAAGAACCUGCGGAGCCAGGGUGUUCUUACCGACCCCGAAACUGCUGCUUUGCCAUGGGUACGCCACUGGGAUCCAAUCUCCCAGACACCAUGGCUGUUCAACCCAGAGACAAAGGUUUUUAUUUCAUAUGAUGACCCCAAGAGCAUCAAGAUUAAGAUGGACUAUGCCCAGUCCAAGGGACUUGCUGGCCUUAUGCUAUGGUCGAUGGAAAUGGACUACAAAGGCGAGCUUGUCGACUUGCUGAAUACUUGGGUAGAAGGCAGUGGAGCUAAGUCCGAUAUAAAAUCCAAUUCCUCAGCUAACAGUAUUGCUAGUCAAAUAUCUUCAGCAAACACUAGUUCAGCAGUUGGGGCACAAAGCACUGCUAGUCAAAAAUCUUCAGCAAAUAACAAAACUAGUUCAAUGGUUCCGACAACAAGUGGUGAUGAUAUAGCGGCUCCAAAAGAUACCAAUGCAAACGUAAAAGCCAAUUCAAUUGUUGAUAACGUUUGCUCAACAGAGGGCGAGUACAAGUGCGAUGAUUCUAAUGGUGAGAGCUCCACGUACUAUAUUUGCAUUUACUCCAAGUGGUUGCAGCUCUCAUGUGGCUGUGGAAAAGUGUGUCAAAUGGACUCGGGAAAUUUAACCUGUGGCUAACCAAGCAUCAAUAUUGAUAUGCUUUUAGCUUGUUUAUUUUCCUUUUUUAUUGAAAACAAUAAAUUGGAGUAAUCUUUUUAUAGCACGUUCAAUACAUAAUGUUUACUGUUUGAAUGGAGAUUGAAUAUUAUUAUGGAGCGAAUUAAGUAAAAAAAACAAACAAAAAACAUUGAACGAGUACCCAAACAACA